AUGGUGCAGCAGUGUGGUGGAGCGGUGGAGCGGCGGUGCGAUGGCCAGGAGUUGGGCGACAGUUGGACGGCUGUGCUGCUGAAGCUCAGCGAAGGCAGCAAGAAGACCGUUGUAGACGUUGUGGCCGUCCUCGGCAAGAAGCUUCUCCCGUACCCGUGCCAGCCAAGCGUCAAUCUUCUCGUGUUUGGAACCUCGGUGACAAUGAAGCUUCUCCUCCAGGUGACGGACCAGCUUUGCCUUUGA